AUAGUGGGUGGAGCAUCGUGAUCCGCUCUGCCCACCUCUGUCGAUGGUGUGGGAAGUCCCGGAAGCAUAGCAGGGACUGUUGGCGAUGAUGGCGGAGAGUCCGGCUGCUGAGGAGAUCGCUUCGGCCGCGGUACUGGCCGCCCCGACAGGCGGAGGGCCCGGAGCCGGAGCCGGUGGCGGAGGCACGGGCGUCUUCCUACCAGCCGAGCUCUGGGCGGUAGCGGGCUUGGGUUCGGCAGGAGGAGGAGGAGGCGGAGGAGGAGGAUCUGGAGCGGGAUCCGGAGUCGGUUCUGCAGGAUCCCCAGUGCCUGGGAUUCCCCCUGCCGCCGCCGCUGCCGCCGCCGCCGCCGGAGUGCUCCUUUCACACUCGGCCUUCUGGGACCCCACGACUAGUGGUGAUUGGGACGGAGAGAGACCGAGCGCUGCCUGCCUGCUCCGCAUUAAACGGGAUAUUAUGUCAAUUUAUAAGGAACCACCUCCUGGAAUGUUUGUCGUACCUGAUCCUCAUGAUAUGACCAAGAUUCAUGCGUUGAUCACAGGCCCCUUUGACACGCCUUACGAAGGGGGUUUCUUCUUGUUCCUGUUUCGCUGUCCUCCAGAUUAUCCUAUCCAUCCGCCACGGGUCAAACUGAUGACAACUGGGAAUAAUACAGUGAGGUUUAACCCUAACUUCUACCGAAAUGGGAAAGUCUGCCUCAGUAUUCUAGGCACAUGGACUGGUCCAGCCUGGAGUCCUGCACAAAGUAUUUCUUCGGUACUUAUAUCUAUACAGUCUUUAAUGACUGAGAAUCCCUAUCACAAUGAACCUGGCUUUGAACAGGAAAGGCAUCCAGGAGACAGUAAAAAUUACAAUGAGUGCAUUCGACAUGAAACUAUCCGCAUCGCUGUAUGUGACAUGCUGGAAGGGAAAUGCCCUUGUCCAGAACCUUUACGUGGAGUUAUGGAGAAGUCCUUCAUGGAAUAUUAUGAUUUUUAUGAGGGGGUAUGCAAAGAGAGGCUUCACCUCCAAGGACAGUCCAUACAGGAUCCCUUUGGAGAGAAGCGAGGACACUUUGACUACCAGUCCCUUUUAGUACGUUUGCAAGGAAUCCGCCUGAAGGUUCAGGAGAAGCACCAGCAGGAGAAUCCAGAAAUAGACUCAGAAAGCAGCUCUUCCGAAACAGAAACAGACACUCAGGGGAGCAUUAAGAUUUAGAUGCCUCCCACCUGAUUAUUUGGGAAUCCAAAACGUGAGGGUGGGAUCUUCCAACUCCAGGUCCUGUGGAGGACCCCAGAGAGACCUGAGAACUGUUUAGGUUCCAGAGUGAGCACACAAGUGGAAAAACAGCAAAACACAAGUGUUAUCUCCAUCAAGCGCUCUGGUACAUCCUGUUAAAAGAGCUAAAACCGAACUGGGCUUGUGAGAGGCUGCAUUUUAGAAAUGACCCUUCCCUCUGCUGGAGACCUCUGAGUGAAUGACAUGCAAAAAAAAAAGCAUUUUGGAAAAACCUGUAGGCAGGUUUACGUCUCCCUUUCCGCCAAUUCUCAAAGAGCAUGAGAUAAAGCAUGGCUCCUUGUUCCAUUGUCCUUGUUUCAUAAAUGUACUGCAUAUUCCUAGCACUUCCCUCCCAGCUUGUUUCUACACCUUGAUGGGCUCCCAGUAAUUGAGUCUGUUAAAGCACUUUUUGACUAUUUGUACAUUGCAUUCUAUUUCUUCAGAUCUGGUGCACUGUAGCUUCCCGAUUGGUUUGAUGUUGCCUGUCUUAAAGACAGACCAAAGAGGAAGAAUUUCUGCUGAAACUGGGCUUCGUGUUUUGUUUUGUUUUGUAGUUUCCACAGCUUUAUUAAAUUCUUGUUUUCCUGACUUUCACCCAAAGUCUAGGCAGGAAAGGAGUAAAACGCAACCCAGGAAAAGAAUUAAAAUCUAUGUUUUAAGCCUACUGUGCAAGUCAAUUUUCAGCUUUCCAAAGCAAACUUUACUUUACCUCAUUUUACUGACCAUUUUUGAUGGCUCUAAAGGAGAAAAAACAUCUCUCCUUUGGCAAGAUGGAUAUAAUUUUGGGGAUGGGUUAUAUAUAGUGUGGGAGAAAUAAUGAUUGCAGAACUGAAGUACAAAUAAAUGCAGUAGCACCAGCAAAUUAGCAUGUUUAUCUGAAGUAGCUUUAGCUUCCAUGCUUUAUUUUUGGGAGGCAGGGAGAACAUACCUAGGAGUUUUGUGACAGGGAAAGAAGAAAUUGUAAGCCGCCCUGAGUCUUCGGAGAAGGGCGGGGUAUAAAUGUAAACAAAACAAAAAAAAAUACAUUCAAUGUCUCUUAGAUUGUUAUGCCUGGGAAUAAAUUUUUGGAACUAUUCAGUCAAAGGAUCAGAUCUUAUUUUAAUAAGAAUUUAUUGAACCUGAAAUAUGGAGUUGCGUGGUAGUGGAUGAGUUUUUCUAUAAAAUCUAUGAUAACUCCAUUCGUCCAGAUUGCAUCUAUGAAACAGAAAAGGUUCCAGAUUUCUGAAGAUUUUUUUAAUGUAGGGAUUUUAAUUCUUUCUAGAGAAAACCCAGAAGAUUUAGCACUUUUAGAACUGGCUCUAAGCCUUUAGAAAAUUGGGAGGAAUUGAUGUUAAUUAUUGAUGCACAUUGAUCUGAAGCAGGAGCCAUUCUAUAGGAAAGACUGCAUUCAGCCAUCAGCCUAGUAAUGUACAGGGUUCCAUGCUUGCACUUGCCAUCCAUCUCACCUCUCCCUUUAAACAUGCUGUAUGUUCAUAGGCAGUAUCCUACGUACUUGUUCUUGUACUUCCUUUGGGAUAUAAGAAGGGGCAUUCUACUGCUCAAAAUACUCUGCAGCUUUGGGUAUUGGAAAAAUCAAUUACACUAAGAACAAAGUAGAAUUGUUUCUCUGUCUUUCCUCUCCCCCAAGGGAUAUGUCCAAGGGAUAUGAAUAGCUGGUGGUAUCUUGGAAAAAAACAUUGCAAUACGAGUUUACAUGUAGAUGCCUUGUAAAAGGGAAGGCCUCAAGAGGCAAAUUUUAUCAUGUUCAUUUUGAUCUCUUUAGAUACAAUCCAACAAAUCAGAUUUACUUAUUCUCUUCUCACUUCCCUCAAAAUCAAAGGGAUGUAAUUUUAAAGUCCUGCUGGAAUCAGUGAGACUUAGGCCUUAUGCACUCUGUGCCAACUGAAUAAAUUUGGCUAUUCACUAGGGCUAGAAGUGCUUCUGGAUUAGAGCACUAUGAUUUCAAGGCAUCUUAACUCCAGAUGCAUGUUGGCUGUUGGAAGUAUUGCAUACAUUUCUUUAAAACAAAACAUGAAAAAUGCCUUAUGUGAUUUUUUUUUCAUGUGGCUCGCAUGUGGGUGUAAGAAAAAACGGAAUCUGAUUUUGUAGCUGCCCAUAAUUAUCUGUCUUCUGAACGUUUCCAUUUUAAGAAGUGACAAUCCUAGAUGACUGAUCUAGACAAAUGUUAGUGACAUAAUUUUAGACCUAACAAGCUUAAGAAAAAAAAAGAAACAUGCACAAGGGUCUUCAAAUAAAGAAACCUUGUUUAUAUACAGUUGUACAUAAGGGGUGUUUUUUUUUUUUGGUGCAAUAAAGUUUGUUUUGGCAGGA